GCGCUGUACGAUGUGGCGCUUGCACUUCUCUUCCGGGCAGGAGUUUUCAAACAACAGCAGCUAGCCAGCUAGCCGUCACACAUUUUAGCUCAGGGAUCUAAGACAAACUUUGCUGCGUUUUGGCUAGCGGGCUAGCUUGUUGAUUAGCGAUGUCGGCGAGCUCGAAGAGGAGAAGGGCCACUUCACCCUCCAGCAGUGUCAGCGGAGGGGGAGACCUCGACGAUACCUCCUCUACUCCUGGAAGUGGCAGGAAGCGAAGAAGGAUCUCCAAUGUUCCUCCUGUAGAUAUGAUCGCGGUUUGCCACGAGUUGUUCAACGCUGUCAGGGACCACAAGGAUGAGCAUGGAAGGCAACUUUGUGACGUUUUCCUGAGGGUUCCAAAGAGAAGGAAUCUGCCUGAUUAUUAUGAGGUUGUGUCUCAGCCAAUUGACAUGACAAAAAUUCAGUAUAAACUCAAGUCAGAAGAUUAUAACGAUGUGGAGCAGCUGACUGCGGAUUUCCAGCUCAUGUUCAACAAUGCCAAAUCAUUCUACAAGAGGGACAGUGAGGAGUAUCAAGCUGCCUCUAAGCUGUGGCAGGUUUAUCUCCAAACAAGGAGUGAGUUUGUGCAGCCUGGAGAUGGAGAUGAUGAUGAUGAAGAUGCUGACGACAUGAUGGAUAAUCCAGGAAUGUCAACAGAGGACGAGACCUCAACUGGUAGUUUGAAGGAGGUGUUGGAGCAACUCUUGGAGGCUAUAGUGUCACACGCUGAUCCCUCAGGGCGUCUGGUCAGUGAACUGUUCCAGAAACUGCCUUCCAAAGUGCAUUACCCAGACUACUAUGCUGUUAUCAAGGAGCCAAUAGAUUUGAGAGCAAUCGCUCAAAGAAUACAGAUUGGAUACUAUAAAGGUGUCAAUGCGAUGGCCAAGGACAUUGACCUGAUGGCCAAAAAUGCCAAAAUGUACAAUGAACCAGGAUCUCAGGUUUUUAAGGAUGCGAACACCAUAAAGAAGGUGUUCAUCCAGCGGAAGACCGAACUUGAACAUGCUGAACCCACUAAAUCGAGUCUUCGCAUCAGAAAUCGCAGGUCUGGCCAGGGUGAUCGACUUUCUGGUGUCAGCGUCGCUCUUCACUAUGGUUCAGAGAGUGAGGACGACCCUGUUCUCUCUGGGUCUGUGUGUUAUGAUGAGGGAGAGUCGGAGGCUGAGAGUCAGAGUUCUAGUAUGGAGAUGAGUAACCCGAUCUUCCAGCUGUAUGAAGCUGUGCGGGGCGCCAGGAACAACCAGGGCCAGGUCUUCUCUGAACCCUUCCAGCACUUGCCAUCUCGCAGGGAAUAUCCCGAUUAUUAUCAGCAGAUCAAACAGCCCGUCGCUCUGCAGCAGAUCAGGGCAAAGAUGAAGAAUGGGGAGUAUGAAAGUGUGGAGCAGAUGGACACUGACCUCAAUCUAAUGUUUGAGAAUGCAAAGCGCUACAACAUGCCUAACUCAAGCAUUUACAAACGAGCCUUCAGGCUUCAGCAGAUCAUGCAGGCCAAGAGGAGGGAGCUUUUAAGGAGAGAUGAUGAAGAUGGUGACAGCAUUUUGUCAUCUGAUGCUGGGAGUGUCAAGAGGAAAAGCCACAAGAAAAAUGUCAAGAAGAACAGAAUGAAAUCCCUUUACACUGCAGUUUUCGAUGCCAAGGAGUCAGGCACCAGUCGGCGUCUGAGUGACCUUUUUAUGGUUAAACCCUCCAAAAAGGACUACCCUGACUACUAUAACGUCAUCCUCGAACCUAUGGACAUGAAAACCAUUGAACACAACGUCCGCAUUGAGCGCUACACCACAGAAGAAGCUCUGAUGGAUGACAUGAGGUUGAUGUUCCGUAACGCCAGGCAUUACAAUGAAGAGGGAUCUCAGGUGUAUAAUGAUGCUGACAUUCUGGAGAAGAUACUGAAAGACAAGCGCAAGGAGUUAGGACCUUCCACUGAAGAAGAGGACAUGGGAUCUCCAAAACUGAAACUAAGAAAGAGUGGUGUUUCUCCAAAGAAGUCCAAAUACCUCACACCCCUCCAGCAGAGGUUGAAUGAGCUCUAUGAUGCUGUGCGAAACUUCACUGAUCGCCGAGGUCGGCGUUUGAGCACGAUCUUCCUCCGUCUGCCAUCUCGUGCCGAGUUGCCUGACUACUAUGCUACCAUCAAGAGGCCCAUCGACAUGGAGCGCCUGCGAAGUCAUAUGGCGGCUGGCCGUUUCCAGGAUGUUGAAGCCCUGGUUGAGGACUUUGUUCUCAUGUUCAACAACGCCUGCAUAUACAAUGAGCCAGAGUCUCUGAUCUACCGGGACGCUCUGCUGUUGCACCGGGUGCUGCUGGAGACACGUAAGCAGCAGGAGGGAGGCGAGGACUCUGGGCUUCCGGCUGUGGGACUUCUGGUGAGAGAGCUGAUCAGGAACCUGUUUGUGUCAGUGCUGGGCCACCAGGAUGAAGAGAGCAGAUGCUACAGCGACUCGCUGGCUGAGAUUCCUGCUGUGGAUCCAGCCUCUCCUGAGAAGCCACCACUUAACUUUGAUGUCAUAAGGAUGAACGUGGACCGAGGCCGCUACAGGAGACUGGAUGUUUUCCAGGAACACAUGUUUGAGGUGCUGGAGAAGGCACGCAGACUUCACAGGACUGACUCUGAGAUAUUUGAAGAUUCAGUGGAGCUGCAACAGUUUUUCAUUAAAAUCCGGGAUGAGCUAUGCAAGAAUGGAGAGAUUCUCCUGUCCACUGCGCUCAACUACACGUCAAAACACCUGCACAGUGACGUGGAGCAGGAAAAGAGGGACAAAAUUCCCAAAGAGUUUGAGGAAGACAAGCAAAAGAAAGAAGAAGAGGACGAGGAGGAUAAUAAAGAUGGUGAGAAAGCUGGAGACCGGCAAGGAGAACCAUGGCAGUCGGAGUCCGAGACAGAGCGUGUGUACACUAAGGAAUGCACCUUUGAAAACCACACCUACCACGUAGGGGACUUUGUGUAUGUGGAGCAGUCGAAACCGAACCUGAAGCCACACAUCGUCUGUAUUGAACGUCUGUGGGAGAAUGAAGCAGGUGAGAAGUGGCUGUAUGGUUGCUGGUUCUACAGGCCCACUGAAACCUUCCACCUGGCCACACGCAAGUUUCUGGAAAAAGAGACCUUCAAGAGCGACUACUACAACAAAGUGUCACUCAGCAAAGUCUCGGGCAAUUGUGUGGUCCUGUGUGUGAAGGAUUAUUUCAAAAUGCAGCCGGAGGGCUACAGGCCCGAGGAUGUGUAUGUCUGUGAAUCCCGCUAUGCUGCCAGGAACAAGUCCUUCAAGAAGAUCAAGAUAUGGGCCAUGCCUACGAGCUCUGUGAAGUUGGUCUCACGAGACGUGCCUAUGCCCGUUGUCCGUGUAGCCUCCAUGUUCGCCAAACCUAACCAGGACAAGCUAACAGUCUCAUAUGCAGAGAGUGGCGGUUUUGUGGAGAAGGAGAGGGAGGAUGUCCCUGUGGAGAUGAAUGCAGCUGAGCCCGGUGGUCAGCACUAUGAACAGUUGCGCUACAACAACAUGUGGUUUAAAGUGGGAGACUGUGUUUACAUCAAGUCUCACGGUCUGUCAAAGCCCCGGGUUGCCAGGAUAGAGAAGCUGUGGGUGCAGAAUGGAACUACUUACUUCUUUGGACCGAUCUUCAUUCAUCCAGAGGAAACCGAGCACGAGCCCACGAAGAUGUUCUACAAGAGAGAAGUUUUUCUGAGCCAACUGGAGGAGACUCUGCUCAUGACCUGUGUCAUAGGCAAAUGUAUGGUUUCCCCUUUCAAGGACUUCCUGUCAUGCAGAUCCACCGAGGUUUCAGAGGACGACGUCCUGCUGUGCGAGAGCCGCUACAUUGAGACUGAGAAGCAGAUGAAAAAGUUCAAGGGUCUCAAACGCUUCUCAUAUUCUGCCAAGGUGGUGGAGGACGAGAUCUACUAUUUCAGAAAACCGAUGGUGCCUCAGAAGGAAGCCUCACCCUUUUUGACUAAGAAGAUAGAGGAGCUUGAGCUUAAACUGGCCGACAUUGAGGACGGAGAUGAUGAUAUUGAAGAUAUGGAUGAUGAGGAGGCUCCAGUAACACCUUCUAUGCCUCAGAUACCAACGCCACAUGCAAGCGAAAUGGACACACAGCCAUACACACCUUCUCAGUCCACUCCCAAAGUAAAGGGCUUAUCGAAAAAGGAAGGGGCCAAGAGAAAGAUCAACAUGAGUGGCUAUAUCCUGUUCAGCAGUGAAAUGCGAGCAGUCAUCAAAGCUCGACACCCUGACUUCUCCUUUGGGGAGCUGAGUCGACUCGUGGGCACCGAGUGGAGGAACCUCGAAACUACCAAGAAAGCCGAGUAUGAAGAACGUGCGGCGAAAAUAGUGGAGAACCAAGAGCGCGACAGACCACCCCAGAAGCAAGCAUCCCCUAGAGCAGGUACCCCAGUAGGGGCACUGAUGGGGGUGGUGCCUUCGCCCAGCACUAUGGGAAUGAUAAACCAGACCAUGACACCUGUGUCAGGCAUGAUGGGAGCUUACGGCCCACCUUACAUGCCCAUGCAGGGCCCCCAUGAGGGCUUGUUGAGUGUGGCAACAAUGUCACCUCACCCUGCAGGGGGGCCCCACCUGCCUCUUCACCAUCUCCAGCAAGGUAUUCCUGGGUACCCUGGCAUGCCUCAUCAGGGUAUGAUGGGAGCUGGUAUGAAUGGCAUGGCAGGAAGUCCGGGAUCAGGAGCCUUUAUGCAACAGCCUGGGAUGUUCAGCCCAGGACAACUCGCUCCUCCUCCAUAUCCAGGGCAGGGCCAGUUAGGCCAGCCCUCACACCUGCAGCCCACCACCCCCAUGUUUGUGGCUCCACCACCAAAGACCCAGAGGGUGCUCCACUCAGAGGCCUACCUGAAGUACAUCGAGGGCCUGAACUCAGAGUCUGCCACUGUCAGCAAGUGGGACCAAACACUGAAAGCUCAAAGGCGAGAUGCUCACCUGACCAAAGAGCAGGAGAGCAGGCUGCCAGCUCACUGGUUGAAGAGCAAGGGAGCCCACACCACCAUGGCGGAUGCACUGUGGCGCCUGCGUGACUUGAUGCUGAGAGACUCUCUGAACAUCUGUCAGGCAUACAACCUGUAAUCUGUAGGACACGCUCAAACCACUAUAACCAGCUCUCCCACUGCUCUUAUCCUCAAGCUACAGCAGAGUUUAGGAAGGAUUAUAGACCACAGAAGCAAUAUUUUAUAGUGAAUCAUGAUCAGUUUUAUAUUUAUUAGUUAACAUAAUGAGCUUGAUAGUGAUUUGUGUGUCAUUCUUUUUUUUUACACCAUUUAGAUGCAUUGUGUUGUAAAACCAGGUUUUUUUUGGCUCACUGAUACUUCUAAAAUAAAAUUCUGAAUACCCUGUU